GCCCCCCGAUCCAACCACCUACAACCCCUCCAAGAGCGGCUACCACCCCGUCAAGGAUGCCUGCUGGAAGCCGGGCCAGCGGGUUCCCUACCUUGUCGUUGCGCGAACAUUUGAGAAGAUCGAGGAAGUCUCUGCCCGGCUUCGGAUGGUGGAGACCCUGAGCAACCUGCUGCGCUCGGUGGCCGCCCUGACGCCCGCAGACCUGCUCUCCGUCCUCUACCUGAGCCUCAACCGGCUGGGGCCCCCCCAGCAGGGCCUGGAGCUCGGGGUGGGGGACGGCGUGCUCCUCAAGGCCGUGGCCCAGGCCACAGGCCGAAAGCUGGAAGCCAUCCGGGCGGAGGUGGCGGAGCGCGGCGACGUGGGGCUGGUGGUGGAGGCGAGCCGCAGCACGCAGCGCACCAUGCUGCCGCUGCCCGCCCUCACGGCGGCCGGAGUCCUGAGCAAGCUGCGAGACAUCGCCCGCCUGUCGGGCAGCGCCUGCAUGUCCAAGAAGAUCGACAUCAUCAAGAGCCUGUUCGUCGCCUGUCGCCACUCAGAGGCCCGCUUCAUCGCCAGGGCCCUGAGCGGGCGGCUGCGUCUGGGUCUCGCGGAGCAGUCGGUCCUGGCUGCGCUCAGCCAGGCCGUGACCCUCACUCCCCCUGGCCAAGAAUUUCCCCCGGCCGUGGUGGACGCCGGGAAAGGCAAGUCCGCAGAAGCCAGGAAAGCAUGGCUGGAGGAGAAGGGGCUCGUCCUGAAGCAGACCUUUUGCGAGGUGCCGGACCUGGACCUGAUUAUCCCCGCCCUGCUCGAGCAUGGGCUGGACCAGCUGCCCCAGCACUGCCAGCUGACCCCAGGAGUGCCCCUGAAGCCCAUGCUGGCCCACCCCACCCGGGGCAUCAGGGAGGUGCUGAAGCGCUUCGAGGAGGCCGCCUUCACGUGCGAAUACAAGUACGACGGGCAGCGGGCACAGAUCCACGUCCUGGCAGACGGGCACGUGAAGAUAUUUAGCCGGAACCAAGAGGACAACACGGGCCGGUACCCAGACAUCAUCAGCCGCAUCCCGAAGAUAAAGCGCCCUUCCGUCGUCUCCUGCAUCUUGGACUCAGAGGCUGUGGCCUGGGACCGGGCAAAGAAGCAGAUUCAGCCCUUCCAGGUGCUCAGCACCCGCAAGCGCAAGGAGGUGGAGGAGUCAGACAUCCAAGUCCAAGUGUGUGUGUACGCCUUUGACCUCAUCUACCUCAAUGGGCAGUCCCUGGUCCGGGAGCCGCUGUCGCGGAGGCGGCAGCUGCUCCGGGAGAACUUCAUCGAAACCGAAGGCGAGUUUGUUUUUGCCACGUCUCUGGACACGGAGGACACGGAGCAGAUCGCCGACUUCCUGGAGCAGUCAGUGAAAGAUUCCUGCGAGGGCCUGAUGGUGAAGAGCCUCGACAGCGACGCCACGUACGAGAUUGCCAAGAGAUCCCACAAUUGGCUCAAGCUGAAGAAGGACUACCUGGACGGUGUCGGGGACACGCUGGACCUGGUGGUGAUCGGGGCCUAUCUGGGCCGGGGGAAACGGGCCGGACGAUACGGGGGCUUUCUCCUGGCUGCCUUGGAUGAGGACAGCGAAGAGUUCCAGGCCAUUUGCAAGCUGGGCACAGGUUUCAGCGAUGAAGAAUUAGAGGAGCAUUACCAGACCCUCCAGGCCCUCGUCAUUCCUGCUCCUCGUUCGUACGUCCGGGCCGAGGGAGCCGAGGUCCCCGACCACUGGCUAGAACCCACCACCGUGUGGGAGGUGAAGUGUGCCGAUCUCUCCAUCUCCCCCAUCUACCCGGCGGCCCGGGGCUUGGUGGAGAGCGACAAGGGCAUCUCCCUGCGCUUCCCCCGAUUCGUCCGAGUCCGAGAAGACAAGAUGCCAGAAGAAGCGACCUCGAGUGCCCGGGUGGCCCGUUUGUAUAAGAAGCAGCAACAGGUUCAGAACCAGCUGGACAGCAACUCCUCAGACUCGGAUCCUGAAGAUUUCUACUAGGUGCUUCCUGGGCUGCUGGGACCCUCAAUAAAACUUGAUGACUGGG